CCUCAGGCAAUGGCGGCCUGCGGCGGGGUCGGCAUCCGGCUGCUGCUGGAGGCCGCCGAGUACCUGGAGCGCCGGGAGCGAGAAGCCGAGCACGGGUACGCGUCGCUGCUGCCCGGCGGGAAGGACGGGGAGGCCGGGCAGCGCCGCGCCAAGGCCCCGAGGAGGAGCGGCGGAGGCGGCGGCAGGUCGACACACAGUGAGAUGGAAAAGAACAGGCGAGCUCACCUGCGGCUCUGCUUGGAGAAGCUGAAGAGGCAGGUCCCGCUCGGGCCCAAGGACAGCAGGCACACCACGCUGAGCCUGCUGAGGAAGGCCAAAUUGUACAUCAAGAAGCUUGAAGACGACGACAGGAAAGCCACGCACCAGAUAGAGCAGCUGCAGCGGGAGCAGCGGCACCUCAAGAGGCGGCUGACGAGGCUGGGCAUGGGGAGGAUAAGGAUGGACAGCAUCGGCUCCACCGUCUCCUCCGAGCGCUCCGACUGGGAUAGAGAGGAGCUGGACGUGGAUGUGGAGAGCACGGACGACCUCCCUGCAGACCUCGACUGGAGCAGCAGCAGCCCCAGCGACUCGGAUGAGAGGGGGAGCCUGCGGAGCGCCUGCAGCGACGAGGGGUAUUCCAGCUCCGGCGUCAAGAGGCUGGAGCUGCAGAGCGACUGCAAACCCUCUCUUGGGCCAUAAGAAGUGACUCCCGUGGCUGUUUCACCCCUGGCUCUUUCCCGUUGGAUCCUGUUAGGUAGCACACCGGGCCCUUCCCAUCCUUCUCUUGCGCAUCCAAGAACCUUCAUGGAGCACCGACCGAAAGGAAGCCAAACUGUUUGGAACUCGAGUCCCAAAAUGCCACUUGGGGC